ACAUUCAGUGUUCAUUGUCCACUGAAUCGUGCCUUUCUAUUUCUUCUGGCAACAAAGUUAGAGCGGCAGCAAGCACAGUCCGCCAAAACUGCAGAGAACGACUUUGACUAUGAUUUUACGCAAACUGGCUCACAUUUGUUUUGAGUAAUUCCUAACGCUGUUCAUUUGAGCGCACAUGGACAUAAUCGGACAAGGAGUGCGUCGUAAAUCGCAAUUGAUGGCGCAGGACAUUGCAACAGCAGGGGAGGAGUAUUUGGAGGAAAAAAUAGGGUACGAUUCAGAUGGAGAUGUGGCAAGUGAAGAGAAUGUGGAAUAUGAUGAUGUAUUGGAACUUAAUCAAUUUGAUGGACUGCCUUAUUCCUCACGGUAUUAUAAAUUGCUGAAGGAAAGGACUGCUCUCCCAGUUUGGAAAGCCAAGAGUGAGUUCAUGGAAACUUUGGUCAACAGACAGUUUGUUAUGGUCAGUGGCACUACCAAAACAGGCAGAAGUUCUCAGAUUCCUCAGUGGUGUGCAGAGUUCUGCCUGUCAGUCCAGUACCAGAACGGUAUGGUGGUGUGUACUCAGAUACACAAGCAGCAGACAGUGGAUUUGGCCCUGCGGGUGGCUGACGAGAUGGACGUCAACAUUGGUCAUGAAGUGGGCUACAGCAUUCCAUUGGAGACAUGCUGCUCCAGUGACACCGUCCUCAGGUACUGUACUGACGACAUGCUGUUGAGGGAGAUGAUGUCCGACCCCAUGCUGGAGCAGUACGGCGUCGUCAUCGUCGACCAGGCCCACGAGAGGACGGUCAGCACCGACGUCCUGCUGGGCCUCCUGAAAGACAUCAGCCUUCAGAGGCCAGAGCUGCGGGUGGUGGUGCUCACCGCCUCCCAUCCCGGUCCUAAGCUGCUGGCCCACUGGGGCUCAGGCUCGGCGGCGGCCCCUUUCAUCCAGCUGGAGGGCCUGGCUGGAGGAGAGGCGGUGCACAGCAGCAGUGCUGGGGCCAGCCAGAAGGACUACUUUUGCUCGGCGCUGCGCCUGGUGCUGGAGAUCCACCGCUCGCAGGAAGGAGGAGAUGUGGUGGUGUUCCUGGCCACCUCUCAGGAGAUAGAUUUAGCCCAGGACAUCCUGCGUCGCGAGGGGCCCAGUCUCCCCACAGCCCAUGGGGAGCUCCUGCCCAUCACCGUGCACCCUGGGUCGGGGUGCAGUCUGCUCGUCCUGGGGGAGGGGGAGGAGGGCAGGGCCAGGAGGGUCUUCCUCACCUCGAGCCCAAAUGAGGAGCUCUUCUGGGCUGUCGAUUCAAUCCGCUUCGUGAUCGAUGCUGGGGUCCAGAGAAGAUGUGUAUACAACCCCAGGAUUAGGACUAACUCUGCUGUCAUACGGCCAAUCAGUAAGAGCCAAGCAGAGAGUCGGCGGCAGCUGGCAGGAAAAUGUUUCUGUCUGUACCCAGAGGACACGCCUCUGGCCAAUGAAACGCGGCCACACAUUCUGGAGUCUGACAUCACUUCCACUGUGCUCUUCCUGAAAAGGAUGGAGAUUGCCGGCCUGGGCCACUGUGACUUCAUCGACAGACCUGAUCCGGAGGGUCUGAUGCAGGCUCUGGAGGAGCUGGACUACCUGGCAGCUCUGGAUGACGACGGCAACCUGUCCGAGAUGGGCAUCAUCAUGUCCGAGUUGCCCCUGGAGCCCCAGAUGGCCAAGACCCUGCUGGCCUCCUGCGAGUUUGACUGUGUCAACGAGGUGGUCACCAUCGCUGCCAUGUUGACCGUUCCUUCCUGCUUCCUGGUCCCCUCGGCGGAGCUGCGUCCUGACGCUGCCCAGUGCCACAUGAAGUUCCAGCACCCUGAAGGAGACCACUUCACCCUCAUCAACAUCUACAAGGCCUUCAAGCAGCACCAGCAGGAGCCAAACUUCUGUGUGGAGAAGUGGUGCCAGGACCUCUACCUCAGCUUGCCCGCCCUGCAGACAGCCGAUGCCCUGCGCUCCGAGCUGAUGGCCACCCUGAGGAGGAUCGAGCUGCCCGUGUCCAUGCCGGCCUUCGGCUCCAGGAUCAACACCCUCAACAUCAAGAAGGCUCUGCUGGCAGGGUUCUUCAUGCAGGUGGCGAGGGAUGUGGACGGAUCGGGGAACUACUUUAUUCUGAACCACAAACACGUGGCCCAGAUCCACCCUCUGUCCGGCUACGGCGUCAAGAUCCCCAAACUGGGCCUGCCAGACUGGGUCCUCUUCCACCAGUACUCCUUCUCCGAGGACAACUGCCUGCGUACCGUUUCACAGAUCUCCCCGGAAGAGUUCAUUCAGAUGGCACCACAGUACUUCUUCUACAACCUGCCGGCCAGCGAGAGCAAGGACAUCCUCCAGCACAUCUUGGACCAUGGAGCUGCACACUGCAAAGGCAAGAAGACGACCACCCCCAUUCUGGAGACGGACUCCCCAGAGGAACAGGCCUACGAGAGAUGUGUCAUACAGUAAACACCCAGGAAGACCAGGUCUACGAGAGAUGGGUUAUACAGUAAACACCCAGGAAGACCAGGUCUACGAGAGAUGGGUUAUACAGUAAACACCCAGGAAGACCAGGUCUACGAGAGAUGUCAUACAGUAAACACCCAGGAAGACCAGGUCUACGAGAGAAGGGUUAUACAGUAAACACCCAGGAAGACCAGGUCUACGAGAGAUGUCAUACAGUUAACACCCAGGAAGACCAGGUCUACGAGAGAUGUCAUACAGUUAACACCCAGGAAGACCAGGUCUUAGAGAGAAGGGUUAUACACUAAACAAGAUGCUCGCCAUCUCUGUCCUUGGAGAGCUAGCGUCUCUCUACAACCCUAGUUGUAACUAAUUCAAUGCUGUUUGUCGACAACCUAAUUAGUCCUCGGGUGUACAAAAUUAGGCCACUAAAAGAAAACGUACUGGCAGCUAUCCAGGGAUGAGACUGUGCUGUAGGCUGGUUGGAGCCAGACGUCCCUAUCCAUGCCUCCUCUGCUUUGCACUAGUAUUACCUUCAAAUCGGUGUCUCUUAGUAAAAUAGAGGGAUGGAGAGCUGAAGAGAAUGAAGAAGAUGGGAUAAUAGAGGUACAGUAAGGAGUGAAAACCAAGGACAGAACUACAUCAGUGACAAAUGUCAGGGCAACAUGACCUUUACAUACAGUGUUCAUGCUCAGAGCUGCAUUAGUUAAUAGCUCGAAAUCCGCUAACAUGGAAACAAGACUCCUGGUCCUGAUUAUCAAUUUGUUAGGUGUGUUAUUAUUUAAAAACAUGUUUUAGUGACUGUAUUUAUAGAGCUUUCUUCCGUUUUGUUACUUGCACUUUAAUAAUAAAUAUUCCUGCCUGAAAC